UGCGUUAGCUUAUGUCUUAUUGGUAUUGGAAUUUAUCUCAUAAGCAGUUUUCAAUACCACGAUUUUACUAAGAAUCACGAUUAUAUCAUCAUUCCUAUCGUUCUUCUAUGCAGCGGUUUUGUAAUAGUAUUGGUAUGUGUUCUUGGUGUUUACGGAAGCAAAACAGAUAACUUAUGUAUGAUUAAAAUGUAUGCCGCAUUCACUUGCAUAUUGCUGAUGACUGAAUUGUGUGUAGCCAUUGCAGCAGCAAUCUUGAGAGCGAAUUUGGAAAAGUACGCUGAGACCAGUGUCAAUGAUCUUUUAAGCGACUACGAAAAUGAUCAAAACGCAACAACUAAACUAAACCAAAUUCAGAAACAGUAUGAAUGCUGUGGAGCUAAUAGUGUGGUUGAUUAUCAUGCAAAAAAUAAGACUACUCCACCUUCAUGCUGUUCUACUCUGCCAUGUGCGGAUAAGGAUAUUUAUCCGAAGGGGUGUGUAUUUGUUCUGAAGGAGUACUUCGAUCACAAGAUGCUAAUGAUGUCCAUUUCGUCAUUCGUGGCCUGCGUGGGAAAUGCCUUCGGUUUCGCAUUCUCUUUGCUUUUCAUCUCGGAACUCCGUCGAUACACACAAAUCAAGUGA